CGAACAAAAGAGAAAAAAAUAAUAAAAUCUUCAUCCUUCUCCGGCGUACUUGCGAGAGGUUUAGGGGAAAGAUGCCGAAGAGGACAACGCACACAUACUCUAGCGAAGACGCAGUUACCGACGGUACCAACUCCGAUCUCUUCGUGUAUUACUGCAAGCACUGCAGUUCUCAUGUCCUCAUCUCCGGUUCGUACUCUCACCUUUUUCUCUCUAUUCUGUGAACAAAUUUACUCGCACUGUACUUUAAAACGAAUGAGCGUUAAUUUGGUUAGUUAUUUGUUAUAUUUGUUGAAUUUUCAGUUUACAGUACUAUGUAAAUCGCAUUUUUUUUAUUGUUGAAAGUUUUACUUCUAGAGGUGAGGUGGGAUGUUGAGGUUUAUGAUAAUUGGUGUGAAGGAACUAGUUAAAUUAUGCUAAAAUCUGAAAAUUUUGGAGAGUCAACUAUGGUCUGGAAGUGAUCUAGAGAAGUUCUUCUGAACUAUUGAGUCAUUAUGUUUAUAGUAGUAACUAGUAUUUGGUUAUAUGAUGGAAUGUGAUACAUGCUACGUUGAACGUUGAGAAUUUCUAGUUUCCAGUAUUAUCCGUUUCUUCAAAUUUGGACGUCUAAUGGUUUGUCGUCUUUUGCUUCUUGUGCGCGGAUUAGAUGUGAUUAGGUGGUGUAUAAUUUUUUCUUGUUAUUGGCAUGAUGGAGAAAAACUUCCUUAUGAUUAUAUUAAGAAUGAGAGAGGAUUUAUUGUUACUUUUACUACAUUAUGGCAUUUUUCUCUUUUCUUCUCAUUUGAGCCGAGGGUCUUUCGGAAACCGCUCUUUAUCCCACAAAGGCAAGGGUAAGAUCUGUAUACAUCCUACCCUGCUCAGACUCCACUUGUGGCCCGUUGGAUUACACUGGAAAAUGCCAAAAAGGAAAACCGACAAGGCAUAUGUAUUGGAUAAAAAAAAGUAUCUCGCAAGACUGAGUGUAGAUGAUGCGGGGAAAGUUCUUCUAAAGCGUGGUGAAGGGAAAAUGGAGAAACAGUUUCGGAUGUCCUGUAAGGGAUGUGGCCUGUUUGUCUGCUAUCGGGCAGAAGAAGAUCUGGAGACUGCCUCUUUCAUAUAUGUAGUUGAUGGGGCACUUAGCACUAUUGCGGCUGAGACAAAUCCACAGGAUGCUCCUGUACCACCAUGUAUAUCACAGUUAGAAGGUGGCCUUGUGCAAGUGGCGAUAGAAGUCGAGGACCGUGCCCAGCGGUCUGCAAUUACAAGAGUGAAUGCAGAUGAUGUUCGGGUCACUGUAACCGCACCUGCAGCUCGUGGGGAAGCUAAUAAUGAACUUCUGGAAUUCAUGGGCCGAGUACUGGGUCUGAAAUUAUCUCAGAUGACUCUCCAAAGAGGAUGGAAUAGCAAAUCAAAGCUUCUUGUAGUGGAGGAUUUGACAGCUAGACAAGUAUACGAAAAACUCUUGGAGGCUGCCCAACCUUGAGAUGGCUCCCAGAUCCUAAUAGUUUUUCGUAGUCAUUUUCUCCAUGUUUGUAACAUUGAAACUUCAGUUUCUCAAAAUUGAAUUCAGUUGUCUAUGCAUCCGUUGUUCUGAUCUUAUUGGAAGUUCUUGGUUCCUACUUAGCAGUACUUACCUGCAAGGGUUCUUUUUCCCCUACUAAUUUUCAGGGGAGUGUUUGUAUUCAUCUACAAAUGUCUUCUUUGCAACUGUUUAGCUCUUGCUGAUUUAACUUUUAA